UUACGGGCUGUGGUCGGAAUUAGCAUGGCUCUUUUAUUUUCUUAGUAGUAUGGGAUUGGGAAGGACUCGGACGAUUUAGGUUUUUGUUGUAUUUUGUUUAAAUCUAACCGUAAUCGACCACACACUCCAUCACAGUUGGUGGCGGCAUGCACCGUUUACGUUAGUUGGCGGACCGCUAAUAUAUGAAAGAAGAAGACGAGGUUUUUCGGUUCAAUCAGGCCGGAAAUCGUAACACAGUGAGCGUUGUGUUCGUCAAACAAACUGAAAUAGCUAUAUGGUAGUUAGAAUGUCAUUAUCACUAGCUGCAGACAUACAGUAAGUAAUAUAAAACGGCAAUGUGUAUAAAAUUUAUUCGCUAGUAAGUGGCUGUAAUUGAUAGGAAAAGUCCAAUUUAACAGUAAAGUAUGUAUCGUGGACGGCCUCCACCUCGAGGGUAUCCGCCGCCGUACGAGGGCCGUGGUCCACCGCCCCGUGGUCUUACGCCUGGCCGGCCGUAUCCUCGGCCUCCAUUUAGAGAAGAACGGGGCAGGCCCAGACCGCCGUUUGAGGGUUACCAUGACGGGCCAUCUCCAGACCAGUACAGACGUUCUCCACCGCGCAGGAGGUAUACUUCAGCUGGUUCAGGAAGUCGCAGAGGACCAGGUGGUGAAUACUGGGGCAGCGGCCCUCCCCAAAGAGAAAGAUCUCCAUCUCCCCGUGGUGGCAUCCCCCCUGACCACAGUCUGGUCAUCACUGUGGGUAAUGAGUUGACUGGACCACCUGGGGUAGGGCUACCCUCAAGAGACUACCCUCCUUACCUGCCAAAGAGGUCCAGUUAUGACGGCCCUGAUGACCGUGGCCCCAGGAGGCAGAGUCCCAGCAGGGGGAGAAGCCGUCCUCGCAGCCGCAGCCCGGGAUUCGGGGGACGGAGCAAGAGCCGUCCUCGCAGCCGCAGCCCGGGAUUCGGGGGACGGAGCAAGAGUCGUCCUCGCAGCCGCAGCCCGGGAUUCGGGGGACGGAGCAAGAGCCGUCCUCGUAGCCGCAGCCCGGGAUUCGGGGGACGGAGCAAGAGCCGUCCUCGUAGCCGCAGCCCGGGAUUCGGGGGACGGAGCAAGAGCCGUCCUCGUAGCCGCAGCCCGGGAAUCGGGGGACGGAGCAAGAGCCGUCCUCGUAGCCGCAGCCCGGGAAUCGGGGGACGGAGCAAGAGCCGUCCUCGUAGCCGCAGCCCGGGAAUCGGGGGACGGAGCAAGAGCCGUGUCAGAAGUCGCAGCCCUGAAAUGAAGGGACGGAGCAAAAGCCGGGCCCGAAGCCGCAGUCCUGAAAUGGGGGGACGAAGCAAAAGCCGGGCCCGAAGCAAAAGCCCUGAAAUGGGGGGACGGAGUAAGAGUCGUGGAAGGAGCAAGAGCCGUCCGCCAAGCAGGUCCCGAAGCAGGAGUGGGAGUCAUGGCCAGAGCUAUGGACGGGCCCGCAGUGUGAGCAGAGCAAAGACUGCUGGUCCACGCAGGAGCCGCAGUGUCAGUUCUAGCAGCAGUAGCAGGAGCAGCAGGGGAGGUGAUAAUAACUUAAAGAAGACAAGUGGGUUCAAGGAGCUGGAGUUGGCCCGUCGCCGCAAAGAGAUGGAAGACAUGCUGAAUAUUCCCACAAAGUCCAUCCUGAAGAGGCGCAUGGACUCUGAGACUGACUCCCCGUCAUAUGUGCAGAACAGUGAUUCUCCAAGAGUUGACCCUGCUGGUGAGGCUGAGGCAGAGCGUCUUCUCUCAGCUAUGAAAGGCAUGGACCCUAUCAUGUUGGCCACCAUGCUGGGAGAGUUGAGGGAUGACCCACACAUGGCCCAGAGUAGGCUGGACCACAGUGGGAUUGCAGGGAUCCUUGACCUGUUGGGAGGUGCACCUGCACCGCAGGAGGAGAAAAGGAAGAAGGUACCAGACAUUGACGAUGAGGAGAAGUUCCUUUAUGGCGAUGAAGAUGAUGUAGAGCGGGGCAGGGCUCCAGCAGCAGCUCCCCGUCAGCACAGUCUGUCAGAGCUCUAUGGUGAUAUUAUGAGUGACCCGGCACGCUAUGGCACCUCACCGCACCUCGAGGGCCAUCCUGGUAUUGUAGAUCCGAGAAGCUCUCGCCAGCAACAGAUGGACAUGAGGUAUCGGCAUCAAAGCAGGUCCUCUGCCAUCCCUGACCAUAAUAUCAAGGUUGAAGAGCCUAAUGACUACCCACCAGGAACAGGGCCACUGGAAGGGAAGGAGAAGCAAGACGUGGAGGAGUACGAGAAGAUCCAGGACCUCCUCAAAACCAUCGGGCUGGACCUGGGGGUGACAGAGAUCAGCAAGAUGGCUGCCAGGACUCAGGAGCGUCUGCAUGGAAAGAGGCCCCCUCCGAAAACUCCCUCCCGUCGACCUGGCAAGAGGCGGGAUCGCCGUGACUCUUCAGGAAGCUCAGACAGGAGCAGGGGCAGGCGUAGGAGCUGCAGUGGGAGCAGCUCUAGCAGUCGUAGUGACAGCCACAGCCGGAGCCGUAGUAGCAGCUGUGAUAACAGCAGGAACCGGAAGAAGUCACCCCCAUCUGACAGGCGCAGCAACCAUGGGAAGACUCGAGGCGGCAGAGAGGUGAGGACUGAGGACAGUAGCUGGGGGCAGAAGGCUUCACAAGCCCCUGAAACUACUCCAGUGCCACCCACCCACCCAUCUCUCUCCAUGCCUGCCUAUGCCCAAGCCCAGGCGCAUGGUCUGGUACCACCCAACUAUCCACCUCCUGGCUAUGGGCAAUAUGGGAACUGGCCUUACAUGCCCCAACAGUGGCCCAUGUACCCACCUCCAUCUAUUGGCAUGCCACCUCAAUCUCCCAUUGAAGAUUUUCCGAAUGCUCCGCCUUUUGACAGACCAUACCUUAAAGUUAUCCAGCCAGAGUUGCACCAAGGGGGUGAUAGAAAGGCGUCAUGCAAUAUGGCCCCUCAAGAUAAUGGCAAGGACAGGAGGGUUUUAGAGGAGCGAAAUAAUGAAAGCCAAAAACAAAAGGUUCUUGAAGAACGGGAAAAACUGAGACGAGACAGAGAGAUCCGCAUGAAAAAGAAAGAUUAUCUCAUGAAGGAACUAGAGAGAUUGAGGAAACAGCAAGGGGAGCUUCUGCGCAAAAAGCGGCGUGAAAAGGAUGGCCAUAAGGACCCGUUACUGUCUGAGAUCAGUCGGCUGCAGGAAGAGGUCAUGACUCAGAUUGCUGAGCUCCGCAAAGAGCACGAGGUAGCAGAGAAGAAACGAUCCGAGCUUGACAAGGUGGCACUCAUUCUCGGUCUACAACCAAAUGACAAGCCCCGGCGAGAGGGUAGGGGUUCUGCGGACCUUGAGCAGCCAACACACCCACCACCUCCAGAGAAAGAGAAGAAAAAGGAGCGUGCUCACAUCCGAGAGAGAUCACCUGUGGCCCAUGCCUCUGCUAAGGCAGCAUCGUCGUCCUCAAGAGCCUCUCCUGAAAAAACGAAGAAGAAAGCUCCCGCCAGUACCCAGCCUCCUGAGACUCCAGCAGACCUGUUUGAACACUAUGACGCUGGGAACCACUGGUGCAAAAGCUGCAAUGUCACCUGUGGUUCCAUGUUCGAUUUUUUCACGCACUUGCACAGCAAAUCGCACCGAAAGACUCAGGAUCCUUACAAUCGACCGUGGGCGUCAAGUUCCUCCAACAAUGAGAAGAGUAAGAUUCACUCUUCAGGAGAGAAAAUGACUAAACCUGCUAAAGGAUCUGAGUUUUUGGUGCCAGUGAGGGGAUAUUAUUGCCAGCUUUGCGAGGAGUUUUGCGGGGAUGCAAUUUGCGCUGAAGAUCAUGCCACGAGUCAACCUCACAAUGAGAAAUACAAGAAACGAAUGUAUGAGUAUCCGCUCUACGAACAGAGAAGGAACCUGGAUCGUCAAGCUGGACUCACGUUGGAAGUUAGUGACAAAAAGCACUCUGAGCUUAAACGUAAACACGAAGAGGAAGAGUCCAAAAAGAGCAAAGAGAAGGAGGAAGGGAAACCUAAACGCAGCAAAAAGGAGGAGGAGAAGUCCAAACACAAAAGGGAGGAUGAUGUGGAGAGGGUCAAGUACAGCAAAAAUGAGGAAGAAGAGAGGUAUUUGUACCGCAAGAGAGAGGAGGAGGAGCGGUACAAACAUGGUAAGGAGGGAGGAGAGAGGCCCACGUACAGUAAGAAGGAGGACGACGAGAGAUACAAGCAUGGCAAUGAGGAGGAGCGGUUCAAAAAUCGCAGGGAAGAGGAGGAGUGUUUCAAAAAUCGCAGGGAAGAGGAAGAGCGGCUCAAAAACUGUAGAGAGGAUGAAGACAGGCCUAGGUUUAGCAGGGUAGAGGAGAGACCCAAGUUUAAUUGGAGGGAUAAUGAGCAGGAGGAAGAGGAAGACCGGUCCAGAUAUGGGAAGUGGAAAGAGCCCAAUCCCAAAUGUAGCAAGAAAGAGGAGAGGUAUAGAUCAGAGAGGGAGGAAGGGAAACCUAAGAAUGAAAAGGAGGAAAGACGAUCCAGAAAAGAGAAGGGUGGGUGUCAAAGGGAGGAGACGUCAGGAUCUAGAAAGCAGUCCGAGCCUGAGAAACCCAGUGACCCUCCCAAAGUGUUCUGUGGUCCUAAUCCAGCAUUGAGAGCAAAGCUGCGCAAGAAAAGUGAGGAAACCGCCAAAGUCGAGCCAAAGACUCCAUCUGCCUUCGGUAAGUUCAGCUGGAAAAAAAAACUAGAAAAUGAGCUUGCGAAGGAGGCCGAGAGAGUGGCUGUUGAGUUCCUGAAGGAGGAUGAGGAGGUUGAAGAGGAUGACGACCCAGAUGCAUUUUCAAAGUCUUUGGCCGCAGCCAAGAGCAUUGCUAUCAAACUGUCAGGGAAGACGGUCAUCUCCCCAACUAGCGCAUGGGUACCCUUCAACUCUGGGAAAAUACGGCCAAACCUUCCUGCUCCUUCCACGGUCCUGAGAAAACCCUCUGGACUUGGGCCCUGGGUAUAUGCUAAACCGGCCCCUCUCAACACCUUUCUCUCUAUCAGACCACCCGGUGACGGUGACAGUGACGUGACCCCUCUGCCUGUCAUACAGAACCAGCCUAAAAAUGACCCAGUACUGGCAGCAGACAUAAUUUCCAAAGCUUUCUGUGGUGAGGAAGUGGAUUUGAAGAAGUCAGCAGAGGGCACUGGGAAGCCAGGUCCCACUUCACCAGACGAAAAGAAAGCUUCCACAGCAGAGUCUUUUAGUCAAGCCUCCACAUCUACUCCUUCAGCAGUGAUGCCCGAGUUCAAGACUCCCCUGCCUCCCCUGACCAUGAUGACCAUGAAGUUUGAUGUAUCUGCACCAGGAGUCCCUGAGAGUGAGCAGAAUGUCCCUGUGAUGGUCACACCCCCUCCUUUCAUGCAGAGACCCCCAAGUGAGGUGAUGAACAAAUCAGAAAAACCAAAGUCUAAUCUAGCUGCCGCAAAAGCCCAAGAUUUAUUUGACAUAUUCUAUAGCAGCAUUACCACAGCCAGUACCACAUCCAUCACCAGCACAGCCAUUAAAGCAGUUGUAGACUCCAAAGGUGAAACAAAUUACUCAAAGAACAGCGAAGCCUUGGCGACUACGGCCUCACAAAUGGAGCAAACCCAACCCGAGCUAGCAGCUCUUGAGAACAGUAACACCAUUGAAACUGAAACUCAGGAGCAAGAGACUGAGAGUGGGUUUGACCCACAGGCCACUAAAGCAGUCGUAGAGUCCAAAGCUGCCCUGAAUGACUCAAAUAACAGCGAAGCCUUGGAAGCUACGGGCCCACAAACAGAGCAAACCCAACCCGAGCUCCCAGAUCUUGACAACCGUAAUGCGGUUGAAACCAACACUCAGGAGUCAAUGGAGACUGAGAGUGGGUUUGACCCGCAGGCCACUAAAGCAGUGGCAGAGUCCAAAGCUGCCCUGAAUGACUCAAAUAACAGUGAAGCCUUGGAAGCUACGGCCCCACAAACAGAGCAAACCCAAUCAGAGUUCACAGCUCUUGACAACAGUAACACCAUUGAAACCAACACUCAGGAGUCAAUGGAGACUGAGAGUGGGUCUGACCCGCAGCCCAAGGAAGAGACUCCUGAGGAUGCCCCCGUACAACUGGAUAACCCAUCAGAUUCUCUUGGUAUCUCAACAGAGACCCUGGAUCUCCCAACAGAAGUGCUGGGCUUAGACCUCUUUGAUUUUAAUCUUGAGUAACAGACUCCACUAGACAGCAGGUUGUUGGAAAUGUGUGUUUUUAGGUAGUUGAUGGGAUUAGACGGGAACAAGUAGUAACCCACACAAAUACUGCUGAUUCAGAAACUAAGCCCUGUUAACUUGAUGGCCCUAGCAGGCUGCUCGAAUUUGAAUGGAGUGAAACUUCCACGAAAAGACUUGACCUUCAUAUUAAGUGAUGAAUCUUCAGAACUUUAGAAGCUUGUUCUGCAAGCCUUUUGUCUUGAGAAUUUUACUUCGUUCAGCAAAACCUUUCUUUACUUCUUAAAAGGUAAUGUACUGUACCAUGCUUAUUGAUUACUAUGGUUUUUGGUAUAUCCACAGACUCUUAAGAAAUGUGUUCUUUUCUCUUUAAAUGAUUGAAAGGUAUUUUAAUACAGGAACAAGAACUCACGUUUAAGAAGAAAACAGAAUUUGGUAAGGUAGUGCAGCAUGGACCAAAAGAUAUCCGAACAUGGCUUUCUUUGACAAUUACACCAUGUAAUAUCUGUCACUCUUUACAGCACCCUCCAGAAAAGAAGAUGUGGAUAUAGAUACUCAUGAAUUUAACCUUGGAAUUGUUGAUCUUUUAAAAAAAACACAUUUGUUCACUGACUUUACUAUGCUCAAUGUUAUUCUGUGUUAGUGUAAAUUUAAAAAAAAAAAAUGGUUGUCCUUUAUCUGUUGUUGCUAAAGUAGAGUUCAAAUAAAUUUCAGUGACCACAACAUUUUCUCUGUUAUUUCUCAGACUUUGUAAUCAGACAUUGGAAACAUAAACCAUCAUUAUGGUAUGCCCAGGGUUGGGUAGGUUACUUUCUAAAUGUAAUCCCUUAGUUACUAGUUUCCUGUCCCAAAUCGUAAUCAGUAAUGUAACGAUUACAUUCGGUUACUUUUAGAUUACUUUCCCCUUAAGAGGCAAUAGAAGAAGACAAAAAUGUAUGCUACCAAUUGAAUGACAUCUAUUGAAGCAUCAAUCAAUGUUCAAGUUUACAUGGUUGGCAAUAUAUGGAUGUCAAAUUUUUCUUUAUGGGUUGGUUAUGUAGGCUUCUUCUAACCCAUCGCUUUCUACUACAUAUAAUAAAUCAUCUUAACGUUAAAAGCCAAAAUCUAUCAGAACUUCUGGCAUUCCAAUAAAUGUUAUAACCCUUGAUCUUAAAGAACAGGACUUGGAAAUAUGGAUGUAUAGAUUAGCCAAAUUGUUUUACCUGAGCAUAACCUCAAAACGAAGGACUUAUUAGCAAGCCCGACUCUGUUUAUGAUUUUGUUGUCAUGGAGGACUGAUUGGGCUCAUUGAUUCGAGUUGAAAGAUAAAUGCUGCGCUCAUGGAAUGGCAUACUUUGAGCACUACUGAAAGUGCUAUUUACAUUUGAAAAGUGAAUGUCAUGCUACAUUUGCUAAAGGCCUGUUUGCCUGUUUGUUGGUGGCACUAAACAGCUGCAUAUUAUCAAGAUAUCAAAGGGCAAAUCAACAGAUGAAACAAUAAAAUGGUUUCCCUGCCUCUUUUGGUAAAAAGCUGAGUGAUGGGCCUGGAGAAAUGUAACCACUCUCAGAUAAAUAGACAGCUAUGGAUGCAGGGACUGACCAUCCAUGAUGUAAUAUUUUUUAACCAUGUUAUGCUAUACAGUAUUUGUUUACAUUCACAAUGUUUACACACAUUGGAGUAAAACAAGCUUAUAUUUUGGGUUCCCAUGGAGUGUGACAGUUGAACUUAAUUCAUGAGUCAUUUUUAAGUUAUAUUCUUCAAGAAUCAAAGUGUGUGUAUAUGUAUAUAUGUGUGUGUGUAUAUGUAGCAACUACAGAUAGACUUACAGGGGCAGUCAAAAGUGUGCAAAUUUGAGCGUGUGUCGAUUAGAUUUAUGGAUUUAUUUGUUGACAGCAUGCAUUAGAUUGGGCAAUAAAAGCCCCUCUUUUAUUCCAUAGGCUGGGAUCCGCACUUCGGAGCUGUUUCAAGAGCACAAUUUUCACUGGCUGUCACCUGGUUUCAAAAACAAUGAUUUGAUAGACAACUUAAACUUCUUGAAUUCAACCAUUAUUAGGUUCAAAUACACAUUUAGAUUUGUGAACAGCCAUCCACAACAACCACAAUCCGUAAGGCGAAAAUAGCUAAAUGAGAGUAGCAGUGUGAUUCACAAUCACAUCAAUGCGCUACAAGUAGAUAUCAAUAAUAACUGAUAUCCGUAUCGCCGUAGACUACACCACUGCUGUUACCCUUACCAAGCGUUUAUUCAAGUUGGAUAAUCUUUGGAUAACGACAGCAGUCGCACUAUUGGAAGACAUAGCUUGGACUGUAGCCAACAAAAGCCUAUUCCCGCGUUCCAUUAAACAUAUUUGGUUUGUCAUCAUAGAUGGUCAGACUCGUUUAGGUGGAACGGAUUUAAAUGUGUGCCUUUUUUCAAUGCUGGUUUGAAUGUCAUUGAGAAAACAAGUGUCAAAGAUUUAUUUUAGCUAACAUACUUUCUGAAUGUAAAAGUAAUCAUCUAGUUUUUCAAAAGUAACUGUACUCCGAUUACAAUAUUGUUUUGCUGGUAACGGAUUACAGUUACCGUUUUUGUAAUCCCUUACCUGUAAAAAUCAGAUUUUGUAAUCCCUUACAUGUAAGGGAUUACAAAAUUAUGUGUAAUCCGUUACUCCCCAACCCGGGUAUGCCCAUUGCAGUCGAAAGGAAUUCUUAAGGAAAAACCUCAGUGGCAGCAAUUCAGAAAGGAACAGAACAAUGUUAUUAUAUGUAUUUAUGUAUGUACAUAGGUGUUCUUUCUAAUUGUGUGGAUGACAAUGUUUUUGUCACUUACCUGUGUAUGAGUAGUAUGGCAAAGCUGAGGGCAGCAUGAAUAAGGCAUUUGGCUCAUAGUUAUUACUUUAAUAAUUAAUUAUAGAAUUCUGAAAGCAAUUGAUUGGACUUGAGAUCAAAAGGUAUGGCAAAGACCAUAUCUGAAGUUUCUGCAUAUUGUUAUGUUCAACAAUGCCUGCUGGGAGAUCAGUCUUCUCUUCAGAAAAAGGUAAGGCCACUCUAAACAAUUAAGAUUUGAUUUUCCUGUGAAUGUUCAGUGAAAUGUGGAUCGAAUAAGGCAACACAAUCUAUACAUGAGGGGAAUUUAUGUACUUGUCACGUAUGUUAAACCAGGGACAGUCUGUCAUAGGAUAUUGCUGUUCUCUGUCUCAUAACAGUCAUUACUCUUGUCACUGAAUAAUUAUUCAGCUGUACUGAAAUGCUCAUUUCUAUUCAUGUAUUUCACUGACUAUGGUUAAUACUCUAUCGCCACUGGUACCAUAUCAGUGAAUUAUUGCUCACUGUAAGAUCUUUGGAGCAUGGCCUAAACUGUUUGUUUUUUCUACUAUGUAUGUGUUUAAAACCUUGCUCAACCAAUGUCAUUUCAUUUUCCAAAUAAAUUAUCUUGAAGGGAA